UAUACCAAAUCACCCUCACACUUGUCAGAAUCAAACUCUAUUUCCCAUAAUACCCUUCUCAUCUUCCCGUCUCAGUGGAGUCAACCAGAGAUGGUUGGUAAUAUUGAUGGCAACGGCGGCGAGGGUUCUACUUCUACUUCACAUCCACCCUCAAGAUCUCCACUAUCGCCGCUGUCUCCACACCCAUCUUCUAUAACAUCCGGCACCGGCGAAGAGGGUUCUAGCUCCCAUCUACCCUCAAAACCUCCAUUAUCGCCGUUAUGUCCACAAUCAUCUUCUCUCCCAAGCUCAACAAGCCAAGACACCCCGGCUGCGCGUUUAGCCACCGGCGGCGAGGAUUCUUCUUCCCAUCCACCCACAAAACCUCCAAUUUCGCUGUUGUUUCCGGAGCCAUCUUCUGUAACAGCAAACCAUGAUUCCCCGCCUGUGCAUUUCGGCACCGGUGGUGAGGGGUCUAAUUCCCGUCCACCAUCUAAACCUCCACUAUCGCCGUCACCUCAACAGCCAUCGUCUAUAACAGCAAACCAUGAUACCCCGGCUGUGCAUUCCGGCCAAAUUUCACGCAGACGGUCCCCUAGACUUAUUGACUGUAAUAACGGCGGCACAGACAGUUCUUUUGACUUUAAUAACUUUCCGAAGAAAAAGAAGGCUCGGACUACUGAACCUUUUUCUUCCCUCCCCAAUAAUGUCUCUUUCUUGAUCGGCGAUCCAGUUCCCGACGAAGAGGCUCGACGGAGAUGGCCUUGGCGUUACGAUUGUGGGGAACUCAAAAGCAAAGGUCGCUUCCCAAACACCAACAAUGAUAAUGGAAAUGAGGACAAGUUGGUUUUGAAUGUGAAAUGCCAUUAUUUACAAGCUAAUAUCGAGUCACAUAUAUUUGAUCUUGGUGAUUAUGCAUGUGUGAAGGGUGAAGAAGGUGGCCAUGAUCAUGUUGGUAGGAUACUUGAAUUUUUUAAGACAAAUUCAAAUGAAGAUUUUUUCAGAAUUCAAUGGUUUUACAGAGCUGAAGAUACUGUAAUAGGAAAAGAUGAAGCAGCAUCUCAUGACAAUAAGCGGUUGUUCUAUUCUACCUUAAAGAAUGACAAUCCAUUAGAUUGCAUUCUCUCAAAAGUCAAAGUACUCAAAAUAGCACCUGGUGUAAAUUUGAAGUCUAUUCCACCAUGUGAUUAUUAUUAUGACAUGAAAUACAACAUAGAUUACUCCACAUUUUCUACAAUAGAAGAUGAUGUUCCAUGUAUUAAGGAGGAAAUCCAUAAUAACGGAAGCAAUGAUACUAACAUAAAUGGAACAAAUAAUAAUUUAAAACCUAAAAAAUCAGAAUUGUCACUAUUAGAUAUGUAUUCUGGUUGUGGGGGAAUGUCAACAGGAUUAUGUUUUGGAGCAAAGGCAUCUGGGGUAGAUCUGUCAACAAAAUGGGCUGUAGAUGCCAACAAAGAUGCUUGUGAAAGCUUGAGGUUAAACCAUCCAGAGACACAAAUUAGAAAUGAAUCUGCUGAAGACUUUCUUGACCUAAUAAAGGAGUGGGACAAACUCUGCAAAAAAUAUUCAGUCAAUGAGGAUAAAGAUGAAGAUCAAGAUCAAGAUUCCAUGUUGGCUGAGUCAGCUGAUGAUGUCAGCAUACCCUCAAAGCCUGAUCAUAUUGUUGCAGAAGAUGAAUAUGAAGUUGAAAGAUUGGUUGAUAUAUGUUAUUCUGAUUUUGGUAAAAAUAAACGUGAGCUCAAAUUUAAGGUGCGUUGGGCUGGAUAUGGUCCAAGUGAUGAUACAUGGGAGCCACUUCAGGAGUUAAGCAACUGCGAGGACAAGAUUCAUGAGUUUGUCCAGAAGGGAAUGAAGGCAAACAUAUUGCCACGUCCGGGUGAUGUUGACAUCAUCUGUGGUGGCCCACCAUGCCAAGGAAUAAGUGGUUAUAAUCGCCAUAGAAAUUUCGAAUCUCCUUUAGAAGACGAAAGGAAUUAUCAAAUUGUAGUAUUCAUGGAAACUAUAAACUUUUUGAGGCCAAAAUUUAUUCUGAUGGAAAAUGUGGGUGACAUUUUGAGAUUUGCAAAUGGUUGCCUUGCAAGAUACGCAAUCAGUUGCUUGGUUCGCAAUUAUUACCAAGUACGCCUUGGGAUUAUGGCGGCUGGUUGUUAUGGUCUCCCUCAAUUCCGCUUGCGUGUCUUCUUGUGGGGCGCUCAUGCUGACGUGAAUCUACCACCAUUUCCACUUCCGACUCAUGAUGCCAUCUUUAAGUAUGGGCCUCCAACUGGUUUUGAGCGUAAUGUUGUUGCUUAUGAUAAAGGGGAAUCACGGGAUCUUGAGGAAUGCGUUCUUCUUAAGGAUGCCAUAUCUGAUCUUCCACCUGUCUCAAACUCUGAAAUUCGUGAUGAAAUGAAGUAUGGAAGUGAUCCAGAAACCGAGUUUCAGAAAUAUAUUAGGGCCACAAAGUCAGAUAUGUUGGGAAUCCCUUGUAUAGAGAACCAUAAGCCUAAACUACACGAUCACCGCCCUAAAGAAUUAAACGAGGAUGAUUAUUUGCGUGUUUCUCAAAUCCCAAAAACAAAGGGAGCAAGUUUUAAAGAUCUCCCCGGCAUUAUUGUUGAUGAUGAUUAUACUGUAACCAGGUUACCUGAAGCCGACCUCAUGCCAUCUGGAAAACAUUGGGUCCCUGAUUAUGCAAUAAAUUUAUUAGAAAGGAAGAGUGCAAGAUCUUUUGCACGUUUAUGGUGGGAUGAGACUGUUUCCACUGUUUUCUGUUUGCCAAAUUUUCGUGUUGAGGCUGUUUUACAUCCGGAACAAGAUCGGGUCCUGACUAUUCGUGAGAAUGCAAGGUUACAAGGUUUUCCCGACUUUUAUGCACUAUGUGGUACUGUUAAUGAAAGAUACCGGCAAGUGGGUAAUGCUGUGGCGGUUCCGGUUGGGCGUGCACUCGGUUAUACACUCGGAAUGGCAUUCCAGAAAUUGACCGGAGAUGAACCUCUGACCACUCUCCCGCCAAAAUUCUCACAUUCUACCACCAUCGCCUUGUUGCAGCCGCCAGUAGCCACCACCAUCCCUUAAUACGCUGAUUGGAAUUGAUGGCAUUAAACAAGAAACAAAAACAUCCAAUAGAAAUAGAGAAUUUGAUGUUCAUGUAUUUGCUUUUUGACUUUUUGGGUUCUAAUUUAUUUAUGAAUUCCUUUGUAUU